UUUCCCCUCAAACCUCAGUCUGCCUCAUCUCCUGCCACAGCGACACAUCUCUCCAACUUCCAUCUCAUCUGAUUUUUAAGAAGUUUGACAGACAUCCGUCGAUGGCAUCAAAAAUGAAAGACAGGAAGAGAACUCCCAUCUCCCACAAAGUCAUAGAGAAGCGAAGACGGGACCGCAUUAAUCGCUGCCUUAACGAAUUAGGAAAAACUGUUCCAAUGGCACUAGCAAAACAGAACUCUGGAAAGCUGGAGAAGGCUGAAAUCUUGGAAAUGACAGUGCAGUACCUGCGAGCUCUCCACUCAGCGGAUUUCCCCCGCGGGAGAGAAAAAGGUGAACUGCUGGCUGAGUUUGCAAACUACUUCCACUACGGAUACCACGAGUGUAUGAAGAACCUGGUGCACUACCUGACCACAGAGGACAGGGCUGAAACCAAAGACAUCAAGUACGCACGGAUCCUCGCCUUCCUACAGUCUAAAUCCCGUGUGGUCACCGAGCCUGUGUUCGGCUCCGUCGGCUCCAUGCCCGAAACGUCUGACUACCUCAGCCAGCUGCACUCCUCCCCGGAGCACCAAAGCCACAGCCCGUCUGACUCCGUGUACCAGCAGAGUCCACCGGGACACUUCUCCUGGCACAGCUCGACCCGCAGCCCGGGCCUCUCAUACCCAGCAGUGCCGCUCUCUGCGCACACGCAGCAGCACGGUGGAUACUUGUCACCGGUGCAGGGACUCGAUCACCACUAUUUCAACUUCAUCGGUCACACGCACGCCAACACGUUCAGUUUGCACAGCGCGCAACACGCCAUGUAAA